AAUUUAUGGAUAUUUUGAGAUGUAUUUCAGAAAAAUGAUAUGAUGAAUCCCAAAAUAGUUCUGAAGACUAUUACGGAGAUCGUGAGUAAAAUGCGAGGAAACUCUUAAAAAUCGGGAAAAUUUCAGGGAGCAUUAUAAAGGAAUUCUGAGGAAGAUUCAAAGUGAAGUAACCCUAAGGACUGUUCAAUAAAGAAAGUGGACACCUGUUUAUCAAUGGCUUAAAAUUAAAACGUAACGAAAAAUUGUGAAUUUUCGCUCAGUGUGUAAAAACAUUGUUUAUUUUGGCAACACCCCUGAAAAAUAAAAUAAAAAAGUGAGAAAUUCAGAUCGAUGGGUCAGAUCAGCUUAUCAACUCGCAGAUUAAUUAUGCACAAAUGGUUUUCCGAGUUUCGAGAAAUGGCAAAAAACGUGAAGUGCAGUAAAUCUACACUGUUCAAGUUUGUUAAGAAGUUUGGAAAAAUCUGGGCGCAAAAAGGGGGCAUCGGACCAGAAAAAGUAGCUGGCAGCAGUGCGCCUUUUGAAAUCGCAUAAACCGUGUUCCGUUCGUGAAAUUGCCAAAAAAAAAUGGCAAUUAGCGUCGGAACUGUGCAGAAUAUAAAAAAAAAAACGUAACUUUAUCAGAACCUACAAGAAGCAAAAGGCACCCAAAAGGAUGGAUUUACAGAAAGCUUCUUCUAAAAUACGAUCACGGAACUUAUAUGAAGUUCUCCUUCAAAAGCGGAACCGGUGCAUUUUGAUGGACGAUAAGACGUACGUCAAAUUGGAUACCGGUACACUUCCCGGGCCGAAAUUUUUCAACGCUGAGCAGAGGAUAGAUGUGCCUAAUGAUGUGCGAUACAUCCGAACCGAAAAAUUUGGGAUAAUAAAAGGUUUUGGUGUGGCAAGCCAUUUGCUCCUGUGGCUUGAAGAGUUCUUCGUAUUUCACAAAGGGCACAAUCAAUGGUGAAAAUUACAGAAAAGGAUGCAUCAAAAAACGGCUCUACCCAUCUACCGAAAGCAUACGGAUCCUCCAUUGUUUUAGCCGGAUCUGGCAUCUGCUCACUAUGUUUCUGCUACGUCGGAGGUGCUCAAGAAGGAAAAAGUCGAUUUUGUCGAAACAUUCCAAAAUCCCCCAAACUAGAACUGCGUUCUAUCGAAAGAUAUUGGGCAAUAAUUAAACGGAAUCUCAAGAAAGAUGGAAGAGAAGCAAGCACUGUGUCCUGCUUCAAGAAAAUUUGGUCUGCAGCACAACGAAAAGUUAAGAAAAAAGCUCGAGCGUUCUUCAGAAAUGAGAAGUAAACAUUCAAACUCACGUGAAAUCGGUCAUCUGUAUGUUGAUUUUCAUUUAUAUAGAGUAAACUUAUCAAUUUGUUCGAAAAUAAAUAUUUUCCUUUGUGUGUCUACUUUCAUUAAUGAACAGUCCUUAUGGCUGAAACCUAUUGAUGAUAUAACUGACUCCAAUUUUGAAACUACGCCUAAUGAUCAACUACGGCUGAAAAUAUAUUUUGCUUUAAUGUUGAUAAAACAAUUGAUCAAAGAGAACUUGUGAGGGCAGCUGCUAGGAAAUAUUGCAGCAGUGAUGAUGUCACCUACGAGCAGUUAGUUGAUUGCCUAUACCAAAGUGCUCGAAUGUUGAAGUCCGUCGUAACUGAUCUGCAGCAUCGUUCCAACCAACCCGGCCAGUCCAAUCCAGAAGAAGCCAUUCAAGAUGGUAUCCAAUUCCGCCACGACCGAAUCCAAGCACUCCGCUCCGUACUGUAUCGCCUGUCCAGAGAACCACUUGCUGUUCCAGUGUCCAACGUUUUCCAAGAUGUCUGUUCGCCAGCGACGAGAACUGGUAUUUAUGUUGGAAUUGCUUCCGCUCUGGACACCAAAGGAGGAAUUUUACAUCCAAGUACGAUUGCCGAACCUGUCACCAGAAACACCUUACACUGCUGCACGAAAUUGUAACCACGAAGAUACAAUCCACUUCAGUAGCUAUAUCUGGUCAGCCAUCCCAACAACCGAAUCCAUCCACGUCGACAGACGUCGAACAACCCCCGGAUCAGUGAAUCUGAACCCCCAAGUGAGCUUGUCGAUACACUCGUACCAAUCCACGGUCCUGUUGGAAACGGUCAACCUCCUAGUUGUGGACCAGAAUGGCAAAGAGUUUUCCGCUCGUGUACUCCUAGAUUCAGGAUCGAUGAGCAGUAUCAUCACGAAGAAGCUUGCGAACACACUCAACCUCCGUCGAACGAAAGUAGACAUCGCCGUGUCUGGAAUCGGUGAAACGUCAAAGCAGAUCAAGCGCAAGUUGACUGCUACUAUUAAAUCCACGCUGCGUUUGAACAGUACAACGCUCGAGUUCCUCAUCCUGAAGAAGCCCACAGUCUGCCUGCCAACCAUGCCGAUUGACAUUUCCUCGUGGAAAUUUCCUGAAGGUUCGUUAGCUGAUCCAAGCUUCCACAUUCCAGCCGAUAUUGACCUGAUUGUCGGUGGAGAAGUGUACCACGAACUGCACACUGGCAGUAAGAUUUCCUGCGGCGAAGGGCAACCUGUGUUCGUCGAGACCUCUUUUGGAUGGACUGUCUCCGGAAAGGUAUCCAUCCACUCACCUGAAGUUUCACGUGGACCGUAAUCUGGAACAAGCCCUCCAGAAGUUCUGGGAGUUAGAAGCCGUUGAACCCUGUGUCAAAUUUACGGUCCACAGUAGUGAGGUGAGAAACACGUGGAGCUUCAGUUGAGUGGAUGGAUACCUUUCUGGAAACAGUUGAUCCGAAAGAGGUCUCGACGAACUCAGGUUGCCCAUGCAAUAAUUAUUUAAAUGCUUAUCAGCUAGAGAGUGGUUGCUAAUUUACAAAAUUGACUCCUGUAGUGCAGGUCGCUUCGUAGCUGAACAGGUACAGGUUAUUGCUUUUCCAUAUGACCAUAAAACCACUCAAGUAAGAACGAACGGAAAAUCAAUGAAUUCCACUUAGUGCACAACUUAAACGAAUCUUAUAUUGAGCUGACAGCCAAACAAUAGAAUUCUGUGUCACAAUAAUUCUCGUUUAAGUACAAACGGUUUGUAUCUCGUCGAUACGAAAGACGAAAGGGAACAGUUAUAGUGUAGGACUACUGGGGAUAAUUCUUAACACACCGAAUACGUGUAACAGAAAACUUGCAAUGUUUGAAAAAUCAUAGUUCAGCCAAUUAUGGACAAAUCUUUUGACGCCAUUUGAAACUACAUGCUUUACAAAUUUUAAAUCUAUCGAUAAAUUUCCAAUUAAUUUCUCAAAUAUUGCCAAUUUUCCGUUACCCAUUUUAUCAGAGGCAUCGUCAUCGAGUGUUAAUCUAGUUCAAACAGUAUUUUACACAAUUACAAGCGUAUUUGAAGAUAGUUUCAAGAUAAUUCCCAAGAUAUUUCUUAUGCAAUUUACGAGAAUUUCAAGAAGCUUCCGGGAGGGUUUGGUAAAACAUUUCAAGCAUUUUUCCAAACAAAUUUUGAACUGUCUUGCAGAUGAUUUAGGUGGAAUUUCAGAGGGGAUUCUAAGGAGAGUUUCAAGAGAAUUCGAAGAAAAUUUCUUUAGAUCCACUCUACGGCAUUGUGAGCAGAAUUAAGGAAAAUCUGAAAUUAAUUCUUAUGGAAUUCAGAGGCGAUAUCCUAGGACAUUUUGGUAAAAUAAUAUUUUUAAUCCUAAACGAAAUAGUAACCAAAUGAUUUGCAAAAAAUAAGCAUUAUUCAGCAAUUAUUAAGAAUAUGAAAAUACACGUAGAGUACAUUUCAAGCGCUUUCUGGAGGGUAUUCCUUAAGCUUUCUACACAAAACUCCAAGACCAGAAUACCAGACAGAAUUAUAAGAUUGUUAAGGAGAAUCUUUUAUGUUUUCCUUGAUUUGUUUUCUGUCGAUCUUGUUUUCCGUGCUGAGCACCAAUGCUAUCGACGCCAGGGAGGCAGCUCCCACCUGGACCCUACCUAUCGACCCAUCAACUCAUGAGCUGGGGACCAACGGCUUUACUUCCCUUCCGAAGAAAGGCGUGAUCAGAGAUGUUAUGCCUCAGAACAUCCCGGCGGUGCCGACUGGGUUUGAACCCAGGCCUGCUGGGGUGAAAGGUAAUCACGCUUACCACUACACCACCGGCGCCGAUUAAGGGGAAUCUUGAAAUUAAAAGUAAUUCUGAAGACAUUUUGGAAUGAUCCUUAGGAAAUCCUUGAGAAAUUUGCAAAGAUAAGUCUCAAAGACCUAAUUUAGUGAUUCAAGCAUUGAACAUUUUUUCAAGAGUCCAUACACAGAAAUUCAAGUUCCACGAUUAACAAACACUCAUAAGAUUCUGAGACUUUGAUCGAGAAUAAAUUUCAGGAUGUAGAUUUUAGAAAAGUGUUCCUGAUUGUUGGAUUCAAAAUUUCAGAAAAGUGUAGUAGUAAGGAAUGUUAGAUCUCAAACUUGGACAAACCCCCUUAAAUAUCCCGUAAAAAUGGAUAUUUUCCUAGAAUCUGUGUCGUGAAAAGCUUUCAGUGUUCACAAUUUUUUUUUAAAUAUUCUAUUUCUUCUUCUUGGGUUUUUUAUUUAACAUCAGUCUCUGUUCAGCAAUCUAGUGCCAAUCACCGACGGACAUCGAUUGUCAUCUAUUGACGGCAAUCAAAUGGCCAAAGAGGUGGUUUCCACACCUGGGUAGAUAUGGCAUCCAUGAACACAUGGACCGAGAUCAAUGGCUCUACUUCCCUUCCAAAGGAUCAGAGAUAUAUUCGCCGCAGAAAAAUGCCAACGACCUCGGCUGGGAUUGAACCCAGACACGCUGGGUUGAGAAAGCAGUGCCGCUUAUCACUACGUUACUGGCGCUGCACAGUGGGCAAAAAUUUAAAAAAACCGCGACUAUAUUGAAUAUCUCGGCUGCCAAACGGUUUCAGUCAACAUGUUAUACAUAUUCUCAAGGGAAAAAUUCUGCUGAAUCGAUUGGCCGGAGACUUUUGCGUACCAAGAUGUAAGGCCAGUAUCAACCCGAAUUCCCGGUGAAGUAGGAAAUGCCACUAUCUAUUGACAUCAUUUUACACUUUACUUAACGUAUAUUACUGGAAAUUGAUAGUACUAAGUAUAUAUGGUGUACAGACACCAUAUACGCCCUCAGGGAAACUCUACUGGCCUAAAGGAGAAUCCGAAACGACCGAUAAAGUGGCCACAUUAUAAAAAAUCUCCUAGAACCUUGCGAUUUUUUCUAUGUUUGUUCAGAAUCAUGAGAUCAAAGCGAAUUUAAUAAAGAUUUUAAAAUGUUGGUGUAAAGUGUUUACAUGCUAUGACAACUUCUACGUCAAUCCAGUUUACAUGCUAUGACAACUCAAUCCAGAUUAUCCAGAGAACCAGGAUGUGGCCACUUCACACCAAAAUAUAAAUUAUUUAUUAAAUUCGCUUUGAUCUCUUGAUUCUGAACAACAUAGAAAAAAUCACAAGGUUCUAGGACAUUAUUUUAUAAUGGGGCCACUAUAUCGGUCAUUCCGGAUCCUCCUUUAGGCCAGUAGAGUUUCCCUGAAGGCGUAUAUGGUGUCUUUACGCCAUAUAUACUUAGUACUAUCAAUUUCCAGUAAUGUACGUUAAGUAAAGUGUAAAAUUGGGUGGAUGAAUAGUGCCAUUUCCUACUUUACCGCGAGACGGGUUGAUCCCGGCCCUCUAUCUCGGUUCGCAAUAAGGCCACCACCAAUCGAUUCAGCAGAAUUUUUCCUUUGAAAAUAUGUAUAACAUGUUGACUGAAACCGUUUGGCAGCCGUAGAACUUCCAUUUCCCGGUGGCUUCCACCAUCUCGGGAUUCGGUAAAUAUCUAUUUGAUAUCCCGGGAAAUCCCGGGAUCAAAGAUAGUAAACUGUUUUAAUAUUCGUAUGUUUCAUCUCCUUCGACGACAGAUAAAAAAAGGAGAUUUCUUAAAUGGUAGGGACACCAUAUUUGAAGACAUAUCUUCAUUUUGAAGAAUUCAAAAUUAUGUGAAGGUAUUUUUUUCAUGCAGACAUUUUGAAGACAACACAUGAUUUGUGAAGUUGUUUCAAGACAUGCGGAAGCUGAAGCAGGCUUCCGAUGGAUUUUUUUAAAAUGUUAACCUGGAAUAUGAAGAAUUUUGUUAAAUAAAUUAAGUUUUUGACUUCAUAUUUUUAACUUCUUCCUGAAUAUGAAUAAUGUAGCCAAAAUCGGAUAUUUCAGAAUAAAACUUGAUCCAAUUGAAUAUUCACAGGACUUCACUGAAAUAUUCGAUAAGCUGGAGAUCUUUUGAAUACUUCCUAAUCAACGUUUAGUUUUGGGAGAAUAUCUUCAAAAUGACAUUUAAGUACUUUUUAACCGAUCUGUCAUCUCGAGAGAGCCAAUUCACCUAAAUUCACUAAUAUCUGACCAACCAGCAAUCUUGAGAGACUAUCUAGAGGCGUUAUUUGAAUUUUAAGAACAGUUGAAUAUUUUAUGAAUAAUAAUUGAUCAACCUGAAGUCUUGAAAAAUAUCCAGAGGUCUUUAAAUCUUCAACCAGCUGUAUAUCCUAUAAAUACUCUCUAAUCAAACUUCCCUCUUGGAAGGAUGUCUAAAAUAUGUCUUUUCAAUUUUGAACACUUGCAGAUCUUCAAAACAUUACUUGAUUAAGUUGGAACUUCUUGAAUAAUAGCCAGAGAUAUUAUCGCAAAUCCGUGAAUAUCAGUUAUACGAAGAUUCCUGUACUUUCAAGAAGUUUCUUGAACUUCAACUCAGUUCCAUGAACUCAAAGCCUGUAUAAAGUUCCCUGAAUAUGUAGAAUAUUCAACGAAAUCCUGGGAUUUUCCGUCAACUUAUUCGAAGUUCCUAGUACUUCAAAGAUUUUUCCAUAGCUUACAUCUUUUAAUUUUUCGAUAGGUACAACUGAAUUUCUGGCCAGCUUGCUGAACUUGUACGAAUUUCAAAUAAUCCAUGCGAUGUUCCUUAAUCAUCGUCCACGAGGUUGUUUAACAUUCUACGAAGUAUCCUGAAGAUCUAUGGUGGUCCCUGAAGUUUUACGAAGUUCCACGAACUUCUAUGAAGUUCUCUGAAAUCAAACCAAUGUCUCUUGACAUCUAAGAAGUUCCUUAAUGUGACACGAUGUUAUGUUUGUCAGCCAAAUUUCACAAUAGUCCAUGUAGAUCAUAAUGAUUACGGUGGAUGAUUUCUCUCAUGAAUGUAUUUGUAUAAACUAUUUUGCCGUGCUUUAGGAUUACAUAGAUUUCAUACUAACGGGUUAAGGUAAUGCAUACCUUUGUGUGUAACAAAUGACAGCGAUGGAGAGCUAUGGAAGCCAAGAUAGAAAACGGUGACAUAGAAAUUCCUCCAGAAGGAGUAAGCAUUUUACAAGAUUCCGCUCGGUAAUCUAAGAAAGGACUUCAAAAACUGCAAAUACUUAGUCUUUUCAUUAGUUGAGACUAGCUUCAUUACGUACUUCCAACCAUCUUAACAAUGCAUUUCAAUGGUUUUUCGAUCAAUUAUGAAUGAUGGACAUCUCACAACGCUCAACCUUAUUUUCGUCUAUGUACCAUUUAGAUUAUAAAAUUUAUCCAAAAGUUUUUUAGGUUUGUUUCACUGCCAGAUCGUAUUUUUCACGAGUGCUUCUUGUAGAACGAUCAUAUUCAAAAAGUGAUGUUUGUGUUCAAUUCUUUCGAAAAAAUAGAAUGAAUGGCAAACGAAGGGGAGAGAUCUAUUUCAUAAGAUGUGAAAGUUCUGGAUUCAAACUAUGCUCCAGAUAUUCCAGGAAAGAUUUAAACGGGUAAAAGAGUCUCAAAUUAAAAAAUUCCGGGAUACACGCGAUCCCGGAUCUUCAAAUAAAUUUCCCGGGAUUCGGAAAUCCCGGGAAAAGUAACAAUUCCGGGAUUUUCAUCCCAGUACAUCCCGGGAUGGAAGCUUUAGACAACCGAGAUAUUCAAUUUAGUCGUGGUUUUGUAAAUUUUUGCCCAGUGUGCACUGUCAAUAAAAUAUUUAAAAUGCCAGACUCUGAGACAUUUCUAUUUUUUUAAGAUUUCAGACUGAAUUCCUGUACUAUGGAAGAGUAAACAAUUAUAAUAACCAUAAGUUUUUUCCUGCUUUUUCCUUUUUCAUCGCAAAACAAAUUUCUCGUACAUCCAACGUAAGGUUGGAUUUAUUACAUCCUCUGCAUAUGUUCCAUGUAGUAAAUGAAAUGGCAGUUCUUGCAAUGGACUGCAGUGUACAAGUUAUCCCAAGUAACAAUUCAGUAAUCAUUUGGCAUCCACUCUGAUUUAUGAUGGUUUUAUAACGACAAUGAACAAUCCAUUUAGUUUAAAUACAGCAUUUCAAAGUACAAACAACUCCUACUUAGUAAUUCAGCUUUUUUGCUGAUUUAAAAACCUUUUAUAGGCUGGCAAGAAAGUCAAAAACUGUCUUG